CAAUUAAAUAAGAAAAGAGAGUUACAGCAAGAGGCAAGAACCAGAACACUUGGCCGCCCCAACGGGCCUCUCCGCUUCGCGCAUCGCCUUUUCGUCUCUAGAUGUCGUCUGACUUCUUGAGCUUUUCCUCCAUCCAUGAUUCAAUUCACUUCCGUGGCCGCCUUCGCUCUUCUCCCUGCAACUCGCUCUUCCACUACCAUGGACUUCUUCGUCACAUAGCUUCCUACCAAUCGCUGUCACUCGCUCUUGCUCUCGCUCUCAACCUCCUCGCCUUCCAUGGACAAUCGAACGGCUUUCUCAGAUUCCAACGACACCAGCGGCGGUAGCAGCAGCAUGUGCUGCGUCGUGCACUCCGAAUCCCUCUCUCUCGAACCGCCACCGUCUCCGGAGCUCGCCGCUCUGCGUCGAUUCUCCGAAAACCUCGAGUCGAUUCUCGAAUCUUCUUCGCCGGAAUCUGACUUCGCGGACGCGAGAAUCGCAGUCUCUGGAGGCCGAGAAAUCGCCGUCCACAGGUGCAUUUUGUCCGCGAGGAGUGCCUUCUUCAAGGACGCGUUUUGCGGCACAGAGAGAGGCGUGAGCCUGGAGUUGAAGCAGUUGGCGAAGGAUUUCGAUGUGAGCUUCAAGGCGUUGGUCAGUGUCCUGGCGUAUUUGUAUAGUGGAAAGGUGAGAGCGUUGCCGGAAGGCGUUUGUGUUUGCGUCGAUGAUGAGUGCUCACACGAAGCGUGCCGGCCGGCGGUGGAUUUCAUGGUGGAGCUGCUUUAUGUGGCCUCCACUUUCCAGAUUUCUGAAUUGGUUUCUCUUUAUAAGAGGCACCUAUUAUAUAUUCUUGACAAGGUUUCAGCUGAUGACACUUUAGUGGUUUUAUCUCUUGCAAAUAUCUGUGGUAAAGCAUGCGAGAGAUUGCUUGCAAGGUGCAUUGAGAAUAUUGCCAGGUCUGAGGUUGAUGUCAUAACUCUUGAUAGAACCUUGCCCCAACAUAUUGUCAAACAAAUUCUUGAUUUGCGCAAGGAACUAGGCUUGGAUGGGCCUGAAACCAAUGGUUUCCCUGAUAAACAUGUGAAAAGAAUACAUAGGGCCAUUGAUUCAGAUGAUGUGGAGUUAGUCGGGAUGCUUCUGAAAGAGGGGCAUACUAGUCUGGGUGACGCAUACGCACUCCAUUAUGCUGUUGCAUAUUGCAAUCCAAAAACCACCACUGAACUUCUUGAUCUUGGAAUUGCUGAUGUUAACCAAAGGAAUCUAAGGGGUUACACUCUGCUGCAUGUUGCUGCACUGCGAAGAGAACCACAAAUUAUAGCUUCUCUUCUAACAAAGGGAGCCCAACCAACUGAACUUACCUCAGAUGGUAGAAAAGCACUUCAGAUUUCAAAGAGGCUUACAAGGGCUUUGGAUUACUAUACGCCAACAGAAAAAGGGAAAGCAACUCCCAAGGAUCGGUUAUGUGUAGAGAUACUGGAGCAAGCAGAGAGUAGAGAUCCAUUACUAGGAGAAGCUUCUCUUUCUCUUGCUGUGGCAGGUGAAGAACUGCGGAUGAGGUUAUUGGACCUUGAAAAUAGAGUUGGAAUAGCAAGACUUCUCUUCCCAUUGGAAGCAAAAGUGGCAAUGGAGAUCGCUCGUGUGGAUGGCACUUCUGAGUUUCCAUUAGCCAGCAUGAACGCUAAGAAUGGUAUAACUGGGACCCAGAGGACAACAGUGGACUUGACUGAGGCACCUUUCAAGAUCAAAGAGGAGCAUCUGAAUAGGCUACAGGCACUCUCUAAAACCGUGCAACUGGGUAAGCAAUUCUUCCCGCGUUGUUCCGAAGUACUGAAUGAGAUCAUGGAUGCGGAUGACUUGUCGGAGCUAGCUUCUCUAAAGAAUGAAACUCCAGAGGAAAGGGAACGGAAGAAGCAGCGUUACAUGGAACUCCAAGGCGUUCUUGCACAGGCAUUUCAUGAGGAUAACGAGGAAAUUGACCGGCCUGGCAACAUAUUUUCUCCCUCAUCCUCGGCCUCCAAAAAGGUAGGAAAGGCCAACGGUAAACGCGUGUUCCCAAAAAAUGAUGGAACUCUUAAGAUUCCCAAAAGGCAUCGUUUGGUUUGAUGAACGCCUUGUAGGAGGAGAAAGAGGACCAGAUGGGGAAAGAUUUCCAUUCUGUGUUGCAUUGCAUCCAAGAGUGAGUACUGUUUAUAGUUUUCCUUUUCAGUUUGGCCAAUGCUUAAACAAUGGGUUUUUUAUGUACUGUUUUCCUUUUGUACUGUUUGUAGUUUUCCUUUUCAGUUUGGCCAAUGCUUAAACAAUGGGUUUUUUAUAUACUGUUUUCCUUUUUGAGCAAUGUUUGGGAGGAAGGUUUUGUACAAUAUCGCUUCUACUAGUUAUAUUUCAACGGAUUUUCUGUGGCAAAA